GGCCCCUGCUGGGGUGUCGUCAGGAGCAUGUGCAGACAGCAGCCCAAGGUAGAGCGAGCUUGCCGGUCAAGCCCUGAGACUUGCCUGGCAAUGCCAUGUUUGUGUGCUUGCUCUAACUCGGGGAGAGCAAUUAGGGAGACGACUCCCCGGCCGGACUUGGCUCAUGUUUUCUUGUUUCUGUUUCAGCCUUCAGGAUAAUUCCUUCGGCAACGCUGCUGUAGCUGAGUGUGAGGAAGACCCAGUCUCUUUACAUGAAGACGAGGACAACUGCUCUGGGCUCAGAGAUGAAAACAAUAAAGAGAACUACCCACAGCUGGGGGCUCUAAUAGACGAGCUUGCUCCGCCCUCCCACGAGGCCCAGCAGCAUGCAGAACAGACCCUGCUGGUGGAUGGAGUGCUGAGACCCAGUAUGGGUAACUUCAAGUCCCGGAAACCCAAGUCCAUCCUCAGAGCCGAGAGUGGCCGGAACCAUGGAGAAAGCCAGGAUACAGAGCAAGUGGUGACCAGUCAGUCAGAGUGCCAGAGUAGAGCGGGGACACCUGCUCACGAGAGCCCACAAAACAGCAUCAAGUGCCAGGAAACUGUGCAACUUCAAGCAAGAGUAGACCAGAGGGCUUCCAUUUGGCCAAAGGAUGCUUUUGGAGCUCAGCAGGACUUCCAUGAGAAUUCCUUGCUGAAGCUCCAAGCCCUCGAAUCUGAUCUGUGCUCUGCGUUUCUGGCGAACCAGGAAGAAGAUGGCCAGGUGCACGGAGUUAAGGACCCCACUCCAGCUUCCACCCAGAGUGUUCCUGCCAACAGUGACAGCAUCGUGGAUUCUGCAGACCCUGUGCCAACUCCUAAAGAUGUGCAGAGUGAUGGCGAUGGUAUACCAGAAGAUCUCCAGUCUGCAGGCACCAGCAGGCUACUCAGUCACAUCACUGAUGGCGAUAACCCAUUGCUGUCACCACGAUGCUCCAUCUUUAGCCAAAGUCAGAGGUUCAACUUGGACCCCGAGUCAGCUCCCUCUCCACCCAGCAGCCAGCAGUUUGUGAUGCCCCGGAGCUCUUCUCGGUGCAGUGGUGGGGAUGGCAAGGAGUCCCAGACCAUCACACAGCUCACUAAACACAUCCAGAGCCUCAAGAGGAAGAUUCGGAAGUUUGAAGAAAAAUUUGAACAAGAAAAGAAAUACCGGCCUUCACAUGGGGACAAGACUUCGAAUCCUGAGGUUCUGAAAUGGAUGAAUGAUUUGGCUAAAGGACGCAAACAGCUCAAAGAACUAAAGCUGAAGCUGUCGGAAGAACAAGGGAGUACCCCAAAAGGCCCUCGGAGAAACCCCUCCUGUGAACAGCCUUCAGUGCCCAGAGAAAAUGGCAAGUUGGAAGCUGUGGGUCCAGAGCCUAGUUCCUUUGGAGAGGAGACUUCAGAUGCUGUGAUGAUGGAGAGGAGAGACCAGAUUCCUUCCCAGGAUGAUGUAAAGGUAACUAAACAAGACAAGAACCUCAUAAAGCCUCUUUAUGACCGAUGCAGAAUUAUCAAGCAAAUUUUGUCAACACCCUCCCUGAUCCCAACAAUUGAGGAAGAGGACUCUGAUGAAGAUUGUCCACAGAGAAGCCAACCACCUUCUUUACCAGAUCCAGUGGCCCGCCUUCCUGUUGGUGAUCACCUCACCUACUCAGAGACAGAGCCUAUGAGGACCCUGAUACCAGAAGAAAAGAAAGAAGGGAAGCAACCAGCUCUCUCCAUGUCCAACUUACAUGAGGCCACCAUGCCAGUCCUUCUCGACCAUCUCCGGGAAACUAGGGCUGACAAGAAGAGGCUACGAAAAGCCCUGCGAGAAUUUGAAGAACAAUUUUUUAAACAGACAGGAAGAAGUCCGCAGAAGGAAGACAGGAUGCCAAUGGCAGAUGAGUACUAUGAAUACAAGCACAUAAAAGCCAAACUGAGACUACUGGAGGUCCUCAUCAGCAAGCAGGAUGUGGCCAAAACUAUUUGAGGUUUGGCUCUGAUCAUUUCCACCCAAGAUAAAGUCAAGUUUAUUUUCCUCUACUGUUCUUGAUAAGUAGUUUUGAUGUACUGAAAACUAAGCACUUUAGAGAUAGUAUUAGCUGUUUUUUUACAAAGGAAGAGUUAUUGUAAUUAUACACGAGAAGGGAUUUAAAUGGGGAAAUAGGUGAUAUUGGGUCUGGCAAACAUUCAUCUUUCUGCACACCAAACUGAAAUCCACAGUCAGAUGUAAUUGUUUAAAAAAAAAAUCUACUCUUAUCAAACUUAAAAUAACAUAUAGGCAGACUACCUGCUAAGGAAGGUUUACUAGUGCCCAAAGAUCAACUUCAUUGAUGUAUGGAAAAAGAGCAGGUUUAAAUUAAUUGGUGAGACAAGGAAGACUUCUGUUCUUAAUCCAGGGAGAAAACAGCCGGUAAGAAGGUAAUUUAAGUGAGACAAUAUCCACUACCUUGUCUUGUAAGUCUGUAGGUGUUCUAAACACUCUAAAAUACACUCGACUGUGUCACUAAUUUCUUAUUUCUACAUGAAAAUAGUGCAUUAUUUUAUCUGUUAUUUGAAAAUUUACAUUUCUGGUUACCAAAGUUCAUUUGGAUGGCAUGUACUUUGUGAAUUAUCUUUGUCUCUAACUGACAAAUGUUUAUAUUAAAAUAAAAUAUUAAAAAUUUAAAAUAGGUAUUUUGGAUAGGUGUGUCUGCAGUCUAAUAACCUAACGUGACCAUAGUAUUAUUGCUAAUUUUCUUGAUUAUAUAACUAUUUUUCCAUUGGGAAUAUGCAUCUUUCUUAAUGUUCCAAGGUCUGUACUUUAUAAAGUGAAACAAAUUUCUUGUGAGUUGAAUUCUGCGCAGGGUGAAGAUCUUGGAAAUCACCAAGUUACCUUUUAUUUGCUUUAUUUAGUGUAUCUUGCUUUUUUGCCAUUCCUUUAAAGCACAUUUCAGUUUUUGUAAGAUGAAGUAACAGACAUUUUCUCUUCAUCUUUGUUCAUAUUUCUGUUUUCUGUAAUUUUUAAGCAUGGUGUUGAAGAAACUCAGAUUUUCAUAUUGCUUGGACAGAAAAAAACUGAUUCCAGAAGCAGACUAAAUCAGAGGCAUACUGUUUUCUCUGUAUUCACCUGAUUUUUUAAAUCUUUUAUGAAUCAGAGUAAUGGCCUUCAUACAUUUGUUUAAUUGAAGUCAUCUACUGGUAACAGGACAGAUACACAACUAUUUAAGGUUUACAAAUUACAUCUUUGAUAAGGGAAAUGGUUUCGUGAGAUGUACACAAUUGCUAUUAAAAUGUAACUAUAUUCUAUAUGAUUGUAAAUAUUUUAUACAACAUACAAAUAAAAUAUUUUUCUAUUAUA